UUGCAUCUCGGCUACCGGGUCAACCGCGAGGCGCUCGAGACAUGGCGCGCGCGGCCCGACGACUGGCUGAUUCUCGCCGGUGACGUCGGCGAGACCGAGCGUCACCUCGAACUGGGUCUGGGCGCCGCCGUCGAGCGCUUCGCGAAGGUGUUCUGGACGCCGGGCAACCACGAGCUCUGGAGUCGCCGGGACGACGCGGUGCGGGGUGUCGCCAGAUACGAAGCGGCGGUGGAGGUGUGCCGGCGGUUCGGGGUCGUCACUCCCGAAGAUCCCUACACCCUCUGGCCGCGCGAGCCGCGGCGCCUGAUCGCGCCGCUGUUCGUGCUGUACGACUACAGCUUCCGCCCGCACACGAUCGACGAGCGCGACGCGGUCGCCUGGGCCGGGGCGGAGGGUGUGCGCAGCGCCGACGAGCAGUACCUGGCGCCGGAUCCCUUUACGACGCGGACGGCUUGGUGUCACGCGCGAGUGGAGCAGACCGAACGUCGGCUGGCGGCGGCGCGCCAUCCGCUGAUUCUGGUGAACCACUUUCCGUUGAGACACGAUCUCGUGCGGGUGCCACGCAUUCCCCGCUUCUCGAUCUGGUGCGGCACCCGGCGCACCGAGCAGUGGCACACCCGUUUCGGGGCGCAGGUCGUCGUGACCGGACACCUCCACGUCCGCACCACCGACUGGAUCGACGGGGUGCGUUUCGAAGAGGUCUCGCUGGGCUAUCCGAAACACUGGCGCCGCGAGCGCGGCAUCGACGGCUAUCUGCGGGAGAUCCUGCCGGGACCGCCGGCGUCUCACCGGACGCACGGUCCGGUGUUCCAUCGCUGA